UAUAGCAGGAGAAUGGCAUGGUCUAUGACCGUAGUUUGUACCGCAUAGCCUUCGCCUGCGCACGCGGCGUUGCAUUGCGUAGUUUGCACAACGAUUGCGGUUAUUCUGAUUCUUACGCGAUACAUGUGUUAAAUUUGUUCAAGUGCCAUAAUUUACUAACAGUCGAAAUGAAAAAAUCAACCUCGGUCAUAUUACUGGCGGUAUUAAUUUCGCAAACACAGAGCGCUCCCCAGUUUUUGACAUUCAAAGAUGGGAAAAUAGGAGUCAACUUCGGCGGCUACCACGCUGGCGUUGGAUUUGGUGGUCUUUUCGGAGGAAAUGCUGCUGGAGGCUUGUACGCUGAAGCUGGAACUCCUCAUGGCCAAUCAGCGAUAGCCGGUCUUGGAGGAGGCGCCGGUCAAAAUGGAGGGUCAGCAGGUGGACUAUUUGCUGGAGCGACUGCAGGCAAUGGUAUUAAUGCUCAGGCUGGACUUGCUGGAGGAACGAACGUUGACAACUCAGCUUCUGGCACAGGAUUUGCAUCAGCUCAAGCAGGAAACAACUAUGCAGCAACUGGAAUGGGAGGUGCUGCAUCUGUUGAGGGUUCUUCAGGAUACUCUUUCUCUGCAUCUAAAGGAGUUAAACCAGUUGAAGUGAAACCGAUACAUAAAAAAGUACAUACAGAGAUAAAUAUCGACUCAAUAAAUGAAGUGCGACCAGUUGAAGUAGAAAAAAAAGUAAUUCAUGAAACUGUACCACCAGUCGUCGUGAAAGAAGUUUAUGUCGCUCCUAAAACAGCAGUAGUGGAGAAAGAAAUCAUACACACACAUUAUAAGCCACGUAGACACCAUUUCCGCAAAACAGCGUUUCUUGGAGGUUAUGUAGGAGGACAAGGUGAUAUUGUUGGACCUCCUCAAAUUCAAAAAAGAAUUGACGUUGAUGUUGACUCAGCUGCGUCUGCUCAUGCUGGUGUAGCAGCGGAGGGACACAUUAAUGGUGGAGUUGGAUCAACUUACCAUAAAGAAGUCACUGUCGAAAAAAAUCCUACAUUUUUCGCUGACAUUUUCAACAUUCCUAUUUCUACCCUAAAAGCGGUGGGUAACUUCCUUGGGAACACUGCCGCAAAUACACAUGUUUCUGUGGAAAAAUCUGCCCAUAUACAAGCAGACUCUGAUGCCAUUACAUCAAAACAUGCUCCAUUAUCAUCAUCACCUUCUUCUUCGUCAUCAGCGCACAUAUCGGUCGAAACACCGAGCGCUUCAAAAUUCAUUGAUGAUAUAUUAGCUAUUCCAAUUAACACGUUAAGUGCUGUUAACAAAUUCUUGGAAAAUAAUGUGCCGGCAAGGAAAUCUGUACAGGUGUCUGGUGAUGGAGCUGUGGAGUCAAGAGUACGGCUGGGUCCUGCAAGGAGACGAGCUAACAAACACGUAGUUGUUGUCAAAGAAGAAACGCCUGUAGAAACAGUAACCGAGCAAUAAGAUAAUAAUAAUUAAGACUUAAGUUAUACAUAUCUUCUAUGUACCUGGGUUUUGUAUUGAUAAAUAUACUUUUUUUAAAAGAA